AUGGCUGUGGAAACCGACGCUGCAACUGCUACAGAGUUGGCUCUCGCUGAUACCGACAUCAACUGGGACAGGUUGGAUAAGAUGAGAUUUCAUGUCAUUGGGGCCAUCCUCUUCACUGCUCAGUUGGCGUUAAUUCAUCCAACAGCAGUUGUGAAGACUAGAAUGCAAGUUGCUAGUUCUGGACUCUCUCACAUGAGUGGAUUAUCUGUUUUUAGACAAAUUCUCAAACAUGAUGGUAUCCCAGGCAUUUUCAGAGGCUUGGGCACUUCUACCAUCGGAUCAUUGCCUGGCAGGGUCUUGGCUUUGACAUCACUUGAAGUAUCAAAAGAUAUGAUGCUGAAAUGCACAGAAGGUCUGGAUAUGCCUGAAGCAACUCGGGUUGGCAUUGCAAAUGGAGUGGCAGGCAUGUUGUCGAACUUAAUUUCCUGUGUGUACUAUGUCCCAUUGGAGGUGAUUUGCCAGAGACUAAUGGUACAAGGGCUUCCGGGGAUUACAUUUUGCAAUGGUCCAUUUGACAUUGUGUGCAAGGUGGUGAAGGCUGAAGGAAUCCGUGGAAUGUAUAGAGGCUUUGGAUUGACGGCUGUGACCCAAUCCCCUGCAUCUGCACUUUGGUGGGGUGCCUAUGGUGCUGCCCAACACAUCAUAUGGAGGAGCUUGAGCUGUGCAGAGAAUUUGGAAAAGAAACCAUCUCAUUUAGAUAUGGUUGCAGUUCAGGCUACGGCAGGAAUGGUGGCUGGUGCCUGUUCAUCAGUUGUUACUACUCCCAUAGACACUGUAAAGACACGACUUCAGGUCAGAAUCUAAGAUCCUUUCUUUGUGAUUGCGACUCUCUCUAAAAUUGAAGGUUAUUGAUGAUUAUGGUGCUGGAAGGCCAUCAGUAAUCAGGACAGCGAAGACACUUCUUAAAGAAGAUGGAUGGAGAGGCUUCUAUAGAGGGUUCGGACCCCGGUUCUUGAACAUGUCUCUCUAUGGAACUACCAUGAUUGUUACUUAUGAAUUGAUAAAGAGGUUGUCUAUAAAGAAAGCAUGAUCAUUUGAAUUGUAGCAAGCUGAAGGAGAUUGUUGUUCUGCAAUUUUGGAAAUCGUAGGCAGAUCUUUGUUCGUUUUCAGGGAAUGCAAGAACCCCUCAGAUGCCAUUGAAACAACAUGGUAUUUUCAUGAGGCAUGUGAAUUUUCAUGGUUGUAAGAGCUUGCAAGGAGG